UUACAUCUGAGAUUGCAUAAUACAGAAGACAAAACGCCCUUGCGAAUGAAUUUUUACUUGAAUAGGCGCCUUGAAGUGUAAAUCGUUGAAUAGAUGUACGGUAACCUAAGUCUGCGGGAUAGUUUUCGCAUUCCUGCGUCACACCUAGCAAAAUACACCUCUCUUACUUAAUCAUUUUGACAAGUAGUUAAAUCGGAAGUUAAAAUAAAUGUAUAAAAAUGUUUUAAAACUUAAAGUGACAAGGACUUUUGACUGAAUUGAACUGGAGCAGCUUUGUAAUGGACAGAGCACAAACAUGAAUUAGUUAAUCGCACCAGGUUGUCCGUUCGUUUUAACCAGUUCGCGGUACAGAUAACUGACCAAUCAGAAUGGCGAUGACAGAGAUGCUUCAACAUGAUCUGUCUCGCAUGGACGAUUUGUCUGUUGAAAGCAUCCAAAAGUGUCUGAAGGCGAGAUAUGAUCGUGACCUUAUUUACACGAAUAUCAGUGAAAUAUUAAUUGCUGUCAACCCCUGCAAGCAGCUGAAGAUUUAUGACGAUAAGAUCCAUGAUAAAUACAAUACUCACAAAUUCGGAACAGAUUUAGAGCCACAUAUUUUUCAAGUCGCCGCAGCAGCCUACAGACGCAUGCGUGAAAAUGACACAAAUCAGGUCAUCAUUGUUUCUGGGGAAAGUGGAGCCGGCAAGACAGAGAGCACAAAAUAUAUGGUCAAACAUAUCGUACACAUGUGUCAGAAAGGAGAUAUGAUUUUACAUGAAAAAAUCGUCAAGAUCAACCCACUUUUGGAGGCUUUUGGAAAUGCCAAAACAAUAAUGAACGACAACUCCAGUAGAUACGCUAAAUACCUGGAAAUCAGCUUCAAAGAAGAUGGCGAACUCGCUGGAGCGGUCGUCAGAGACUACAUGUUAGAGAAAUCCAGGGUAGUUCAUCAAAAUAACGGAGAGGGAAACUUUCACAUAUUCUACGCAAUGUUUGCUGGAUGCACACAAGAAGUCCUUGAUGACCUCUUUCUGAAUGACCCAGUAGAAAGUUACAGAAUAAUGCAGAGCGGUCAGUAUAACCUUGGUGAAACAGAACGCUUUAAGAAGAUGUAUAAUGACAGUAUGGACAUAUUGCAAAAAAUGAAAGUUGACAGGGAAGUUCUCAUUAGAAUGUUAGCAGCAGUUGUACUUAUUACGGAAAUAGAGUUUGAAGAAGACAACAGAGGGGCAGCGCAAAUAAAGGGUGUUGCUCCAUUUGCUUAUUCCACUAUAUUGCUAGAUCUGGAUGAAAUCUCUUUCGGCGAGGCGCUUAUUACAAGCAAACGGAAAGUUAGAGAUGACUAUGUGGCAACACAUAAAACAACAAAACAGGCAAAUGACGGACGUGAUGCGCUUGCUAAGAUGUUGUAUGAAAGAAUGUUUGGCUGGUUGGUUAGAAAGAUAAACGACGAUCUUCAGCCGAACAGACUUGGAUCAAAGAUAUCUGCUAGCAUAGGAAUUUUGGAUAUUGCCGGCUUUGAAAAGCUUCAGAAUAAUAGCUUCGAACAGAUGUGUAUAAAUCUGGUGAACGAGAAACUGCAAAAUUUCAUGAACGUAAAGAUCUUUACGAUGGAGCUAAAAAUAUACGAAGCUGAGGGAGUGCAUCUUGGUGGAAUACAAUUAAAAAACAAUGACGAUUUAUUGACAAUGUUUGAAACGCCAAAGUCUGGUAUUCUGGCAAUACUGGACGAGAAUUCCAACAUACAACAUUCUUCUGAUAGUGGAUUUGUUGAUCACUUAAAACGGAAAUUUGGCGAACACAAUCUGUUCAUACAACCACCUGGAGACCAUCCUGUGUUUUGUAUACAGCAUUUUGCGGAUUUGGUUACGUACACUGCUGUCGGAUUUUUAGAGAAGAACAGAGACAGAAUAAAUGAUGAACUUGUUCAGACUAUGAAGGAAAGCAAAGAUGACUUCAUAGCUGACCUUUUCAAAAUUAAAAGAGGAUCAACUGGAACAAUAUCAAUGGAACGAGAUUUUCAAGUUCGACCAUCGCGACGCAGAGUACCAAAUAUGGCUCCAGGUAAGCCCAAACAAAAACAAACACCGACAGGAGCGGCUCUGGCAAUGGAAAUAGACAAAAGUUUGAAGAAAAAGUUCGGCACUGUACAACAGCCACAACCAUUGACACAGAUUAUUCCUGGAAAAAAACACCCGACGCUUGUUUCAUUUUUCCAGAAAUCUUUGGAGCAGUUGUUACACAAAUUGGGUGACGGCGACCCAUUUUUUGUCAGGUGUAUCAAAGCCAAUUCGAAUCUUGCGGCUAACGAUUUUGACAGGGUUGUCGUCAGGGAUCAAUUACAUUACAAUGGAUUAGCAGAAAUUGCAAAGAUUAGAAAAAUGGGUUUAACCGUUCGAAAACACUAUUCGGACUUUCUUUCAAGAUACCAUGGUUUAUUUACGUCUCCCCCGAUAGAAAGACAGUCUGACGUUAUUCAAAGCGUUCUGCGAUUAGUUCCAUCUUGUUUCCAUAGGGACUUCAGAUGUGGAAAAUCAAUGAUAUUCAUGACUGUCGAGCUAAAUGAUUGGUUCGAGCAAAUACUGCGUUGUCGUCAAAGAAGUGCUGCUGCUACAGUUACAAGAUGUGUGAGGAAGAUAUCAGAAAUAAAGAAGGAAGAGAAACGCAUUGAAGCUGAGAGAAUGAGACAGAAAGAAUUGGAACGACAAAAGCAAGAGGCAGGGAAGGAGAAAGGUAUAGCAAGUAAUACAUCAAAGGGAGAUUUAGGUUCUUCCAGAGGAGGUUUUGGAGCUGUCAGGAAAAAUUUAGGUGCUCCCUUGGGUCCUUUAAACGCUUCAAGGAGAGGUUUAGGGACAUCAGUUAAAUCAGUGACUGGCAAUGAUAAUGACCCCCCUUUUUCUUCGUCGGGUGAUUCAUCAUUAACGUCUUCUCUUUCUUACUCUGGAGGAACAUUUUCUGAUCAAGGAGACACAUUACCAAAUGAUGGAAGAGUUCAUUCAUUCACUGAAUCGACUCGACCACCUCUUUCAGUUGCCCAUACCGAAGUCAAAAACACGGAAAGGAAAACGGUGGACAAAUAUGACGGGACGGAACAAAAGAAUACCGAGGUUUGGGAUGUCUGUCGGAUAAUUGCACGGGAAAGGAAACUUCGUGACGUGGAUGAGGACAGGAGACUUCAAGUGAUCAAAGUUGUAGUUUAUAUACUCUUGUUCUGUACUCUCCUUUGGUGUGCUGUUGCUCAGAAACUCAGCUUGGUUGUCCUUGUGUCACCAGUACUUGAUCGAACAGAAAAUAAUUAUGUGUCAGAUGUUAAGGAACUAAGUAAAGAAGCUGCAGCAAGACAUAUUUUGUUGACCAUCGCCAUCCUGAUUCCUUACUGCCUGACGUUUCUAAGCAGUGUCUUUAAAUGGAUGUUUAACAACUUACAAUUUCCUAGCCUAUCAACGAUUUUACUGUGCUCGAUUGUCGAAACACUGCAUUCUAUCGGACUUUGUACACUGGCGUUCAUCAUUCUUCCAGAACUGGACAUGGUCCGUGGAAUUCUUUUAUUGGGUGGCGUAGCUUUAGUGCCUUCGGUUUUGUUUCCAAUAUGUGCUUCAGACCAAAAAAGCAGUGGGGAGAAUGCAGAACAGUCAACCAUAUUCAAGUUUUCUGUUUCUGCGCUAAAUAUUUUAACAAGUGUAGUGCAAUUUGCGUAUAUACCCGCUGUUUUAGUGUUGGAUCAUUUUGCCGACGAUAGUAGAAUAGACAAAGAAACUAAUAAUAUUGUCUAUUUCAUACUAAGUAUGUUUUUUGUUUCUUGUGUAUAUUGGGAGAAUUUUGUAGAUGACAGAUUUUGCGGGAAUACAAAUUUAAGAGUUUGUUGGACAAGGUUUAUAUUAAAGGCAAAAUUUGAACUCCAAGAAGCAAGACCAAUCAUUUCAACAUGUACAAGUUUUAUUAAGAUCGGCAUAACCCUUCUUCUUUCAUGGAUUAUAAAGGCGUAUUAUGUAGAAAACAUUGACGAUGAUGAUAAUCAUAAGCGUAUCGAGAAAGUGACAAUUUCGGAAGCGUUUGAUGAGCUUAGCAAAGGUGAUUUAAAGCGUAGCGGAGCAAUAAUAACGUUAAUAUUGUCUGCCUUUAUCGGACAUUAUGUUGGAUAUACAGCAUGUAAAUUAAAGCUACAACGAUUUUCGUUUUGUAUUCCUCUCAUGCUAUCUACACCAACCGCUGUAGCUAUAGCAGCAGUUGAAUGUUCAAUGGGAGGUGUGCUAAGCCCGUUUACUUCUGAAAAGGGACAUUGCCGAGAAGAAAUCGAAACUUUGAAUGUGCUCUUGCACUAUAUUUGUGGCACUGCUGUGUGGAUAUCUUUGUUUUGGCUGUGUAGACAUAUAUUUUACCCGAAUAUAGAAAGUAUAGAAAGACUUCCAAAGACCGAAAGAUUGUUUAUGAAUCCGUUUUAUUGCGGAAUUCUUUUUGAGCAGCAACUGCUUCUUAACAGACGCCGGCACACCCGCAAGGUACACAUGGAUAUAACAGAUGGAACAGGUGGAAAGGUCUAUUACAAGUUGUCCCAAUAUAAUUCGAAAAUUAAUAACGAGGGCAACAAAGAAGAUGAUGCUGCCAGCCAAGAUGAAAAUGUAGGGGAACAAGAGGACAAUCAUGCGAGUAAUUACAAAAACAGAAAGUUAAGAGAUAUUCCUAUGAUAUACGCAUGUGCAACAAUGUGGCAUGAGACUAAAAAUGAAAUGUCACAGCUUAUGAAAUCUAUAUUCAGAGUUUGCGGAGACAAUCAAAUCGAAGGUCAAGGUUGGAAGUUAUGUGUCGAUAUAUGUCGGCCUAAUGGAAAGGGACCCAAUUUUAUUAAAAAAACCAUGCGGGAAGAAUUUUUCCAGAAGGAAGAUAAAGAUUUCUAUGACUUUGAAGCACACAUUCUGUUUGAUGAUGCCAUGACUUUGGAUGAUAAUAACGAAUGGGUUCCAAAUAAGUUUGUCAAGUUAUUGACAACCAUAAUAGACGAUGCCGCAAGCUGUGUAUAUGAAAAACCCAUGAAGAUCAAGGCACCUUACAAAAUCCCUACACCAUAUGGCGGACAAGUUAUAUAUACAAUGCCAGGAGAUAAUUUCCUUUUCAUACAUCUGAAAGACAAACAAAAAAUAAGGCAUCGGAAGCGUUGGUCGCAGGUCAUGUACAUGUACUAUUUGUUGGGUUUCCGGAUCGUAAGAAUGUGUCAUGAAACGGUUGCAGCAGCACUGAACGUAGGGAAAAUUAAUGAUUUAAUUCAAUGGGAACCUGGAAGUGCACCUGGUGGAUCAAUUGGCAGAAGUCAUAUAUUUCAGGCGUUUGAUGACCAAGUCCUUAAAAAGGCACAAAACACGUUUCUAUUGGCGCUUGAUGGUGACGUAGACUUUACCCCUGGGGCCGUUCGUCUUCUUCUUGACAGGAUGAAGAAAAGCCAGAAGGUUGGAGCUGCUUGCGGUAGAAUACAUCCAAUUGGAACAGGACCAGUUGUUUGGUUCCAAAAGUUUGAAUACGCUAUCGCUCACUGGCUACAGAAAGCAACGGAGCAUGUUCUCGGAUGUGUACUUUGCAGUCCCGGAUGUUUUUCCAUGUUUAGAGGGUCAGCACUUAUGGAUGACAAUGUUAUGAAGAAGUAUACCAUUCUACCAACAGAAUCUGCGCAUCACCUUAUGUACGAUCAAGGCGAGGAUCGAUGGUUAUGCACCCUUCUUCUACAGCAGGGAUAUCGAGUUGACUAUGCAGCUGGAUCUGAUGCUUUCACGUAUGCUCCUGAAAGUUUUGCUGAAUUCUUUAAUCAACGUCGAAGAUGGAUGCCAUCUACCGUUUUCAACAUCAUCGACCUUCUUGCUGACUACAAGAACACAGUAUAUGUAAAUUCCAAUAUCAGCAUGCUGUAUAUCCUGUAUCAAGGUGCCUUGCUAUUGUCUACCAUUGUUGGCCCUGCAACUAUUAUAAUGAUGAUUGCUGGCGCUACCAUGGUUGUCUUCAAAGUUACUGUCAUAUGGGGAUAUGUGAUUGCUCUUGCCCCUGCGAUAUUCUACUUUAUCCUGUGUUUUUAUGUGAAGGAAAAAACUCAAAUUCAAGUAGCGGGGAUUCUCACAGCACUAUACGCGUUUGUUAUGAUGAUCGUAUUCGUCGGAACUAUAGUUACCGCUGCCCAAGAAAGCCCAUUUCAUCCAAGUGUCAUAUUUUUAGGCUUUCUUGUUAUAGCCUUCACUUUUUCAGCGCUGUUGCAUCCAAAGGAGUGGUCAUGCAUUAUUUUCGGUCCUCUUUAUUUUCUUCUUAUACCAACUGGCUUCUUACUUCUCAAUAUAUAUUCAUUGAUGAACUUGAAUAAUGUCUCAUGGGGUACUCGAGAAGUACCGAAGAAGAAAACUCCAGCUGAAAUAGAAGAAGAAAAAAGGCAGGAUGAGGAAAAGGAAAAGAAAAAGAAAAAAAGAGGCUUUUUUGGUAGAUUCUUUCCUACAUUUCCUACUAAAGAAUUCAAAGAUAUUCUACAUAAACUCACAGAGAGUCAAAAUGCAAAGAAAGAGGAUUUAAAUUCUAAAAGAACAAAAAAAAUUGGAGUGAAAAAACUAGGGCUGGGAAAAUUAUUACAACUAGCUUCAGAGGAACUGAAAUUUUGGAAGAGUUUUAUAACAAAAUACCUUGAACCAAUUGAACUUACAGAAGAGGAGAAAAAGAACAUUGCAAUGAGUUUGAUAGACUUACGGAACAAUAUUGCACUUGGUAUGGCGAUGAUAAAUUUACUAUGGAUUGCCAUCAACUUCAUGUUUCAGUUACAAGGUCCGACGACCAUACCGUUGCCAUUUUCUGGUUCGUCUGACAAUCCCGAUAGUCCUGACUACUUGGAGGAAAACCAAAAAGAUACCGAUAUGAGUGCAUCAGACAACAAUAUCAUUAAAGUUGAUUUAUUGGGAUUGCUCUUUAUUUUCUUUUACUUAGCAAUUCUGUUGCUUCAAUUUAUAGGUAUGAUAGUACAUAGAUGGGAAACGUUCCUGCAUCUAGUAUCCAUAACAAAAUUGCCUCAGGUUGGUGUGAAAGCAAAACUGUCUUCGAAUGAAGUAAAUGUUGAUUCCAAAGAAGCAAGGGAAAUAUUAGAAACAGUAUUUGCAGAACCGCUACCAGGUUAUUCUGAUGGCAGCGAGGACGACGAUGAGUUUGAAAAAGAAAUAAAAAACGAACUGCGUGUUUUACAGAGAACUGGGUUAAGGCACCGUGCAACUGUAACACAAAAUGGUCUAAGUGCAACUUCACGGCCUUUGGAUGAUAUAGGAAGAACAAGACAAAUAGAUAGUGUAGAUGGUAUCCAGACGACUAUGAGGAAGCAUCGUGACGAAUUUAGAUUAAGGGUGCAAAAUGAAGCGCGUAGGGCAAAAGAUAAAAAUAUUAAAGAACCUCACCCAACAGUAAAGAGGAGGAGGUUAAACCUAGAAGCAGGAAGAUCAGAGCUUGCAUCUAGAUUACAGGAAAAUCCUUUAACUAGGCAAUACUUUCAUGAUAAUUUUGAUGACAGCGGACCUCGGAAUAAACAGAGGGACGAGGAUGACGAAAUCUAUGACCGAAUAGCAUCUAAAGGAAAAGUGGGCCGUCAACUUAGCAAAAGACUUAAAUAUUAUGUAAGAUCAGCGAAGAAAAAGAACCCAGAUGACACUGGACGUGCAAAUGGAACAAGAGAACAUCGUGUCGAUUUAUAAGAAGACCAGCAUCUAUGCUCUAUUGAAGAAACAACAUAAAAAAUACCGGACUUUAAAAGAAUUUAAAAGAUACCUACUUCUGAUGAACAAUUUGAGUAUACCAAGAUGAUCUGCAGUGUUUUUAAAAUUGGAAUAAACAUGACAUUUUUAUUAUUUCAAAGUACCAUAAAUAAAAGAUAUAUACACAAAUCAAACUACAUAUUAAUGGUAAUCAAAAACGUACACUAAAUUAAAAAUAGUCUUGAAUCAUUGAUUUAGGAUAAAUUUUCUUUACUAAUGGGUUUUUUUAAUAAAUAUAUAGAUUUAAUUGUAUCGGUAUCAACUGCACUUUGAACGAUCACCACAUUUUAUAAGCUUGUAUAUAUGUUGUAAAUCUCUGGGACCAAACCUUAUUGACAAAUGGUUGACUGAACAUUUGAAUAAACUGUUAUCAAAUCAUUAAUCUUUGAUAAGAUUUUAUGUUAUCAUGUAUAUUUAUUUGCAGUGGAAAAAAUCAAAGCAUAUUUGUUUCUUAUCUUAUACGUGUACUUGUUUUUUUUCCCUUUUUUCCUUUUAAUUUUACAUAGUGUAUAGCUAUUUGGCAAUGUUGCUUUUAUUUGAUAUGAUUAUCUAAUAAUAUUAAUUUAUUUGUUUUACUUGAUAUAUGUUAAUUAUUUUUUAUAUAUAUUUUUGAAGUGAUGUUUGAAACGUGGAUUUUAAAAUCCAAUUGCAAAGUCAUCAGGACUAUCUGCAUACGAAAAAAAAAUCAUAUUGAUGGAUAUACUAAAGAACCUAACAAAACAAAGAAAACAGAAUUGUUCGUUCUUUUCAGCUAACAUAUUUAUUUCAUAUCUAUUGUACAACUCAUUAAUUUAAAUGUUUUAUUUUAAUUUUUACGAUUUGCAGGCUUUUCCCUGAUCAAUCAUUGCACCGAAGUUGUUGCUGUUUUAUUAUGACAUGGAUUUGUAUAAUCAAUAAAUCAAUAGAUUUAG